GAUUGAUUUGGUUGGUUGGAGUUGCAUUGCGUUGUGUUUGUAAAUUGUAAAUAAACAAAAAUACUAUUUUCUCGAAGAUUGUGAUAUAAUUUUGCACUCAUUGUUGUAAUACAGUGCUUUUGUACAUCUUACUGUAGCAAAGAAUAACUGGUAUACAUUUUACAAAGGAUCUGAAAACAUAACCUAAAAGUUUUACAAUAUUGAUGAUAAAUAAUGGAAAACGACGAAAUUGGCACCGAUCUGGUCAGCAGCGGCUUCUUAGAAGAAACUUAUGUCGUUAACGCUGAUGAUGUAUUGGAAGAAGAAAACAAUUCGGAUUCAAAUUGUGGAGGAAAACUUGCCCCAUUGAGAGAGCAAGAUCGUUUUCUGCCCAUAGCUAAUAUUGUUAAAAUUAUGAAGAGGGCAAUACCUCCUAAUGGAAAGAUCGCCAAGGAUGCAAGAGAGUGUGUCCAAGAAUGCAUAUCAGAAUUCAUCUCAUUCGUGACAAGCGAAGCCAGUGACAGAUGCCAAGUAGAAAAAAGGAAAACCAUAAACGGUGAAGAUGUUCUCUUCGCCAUGAAUGCUCUCGGAUUUGAUAACUAUGUUGAACCGUUAAAGUUAUACCUUAAGAAAUUUAGAGAAACUGCCCUAUCUCCCGUGACUAUCAAUAAAAUGAAUAAAAUUGUGGUAUACGGAGGGGACGGAGCGUCCUGUGUUCCAAUGGACAAUGACAAUGACUCGCAUUCAGAAGCCACGGUAAUAUACACCUAUCCUAAAGUAAUUGAAGACUUCACAAUCACGUAAGUGAAAAUCGCCUAAUGGAUCACGUUUGUACAAGUAAGGCAGCAGGAACAUGUAGCUAGCAUAUUUUUAACCUUACCACACUUGUCUUAAGGUCGAGACAAUAAAAAUGUUAGCCUGCUAUGCCUUACGAGGGGUUAAGUCCAGUUUUUAUUGAGUCAGUAAAUUGACAUGAAAAUUAUCAGGACACCAGUGCUUACGUUAUUGUAUAACGCGCCAAUAACAUUGACAAAAUAUACAGGAUGUCCCAAAAAGUAGUGUUCAGCCGAAGCCCAGAGGUAGAGCAUUAUAAGGGCGAC